ACGGCCGCGCGCCGGGCUCCGGCUGGUGCUGGGCUCGCGCCGCAGAGGCCGGUGAGGCGCCGGCGGCCACGCCGCGAAGGGCGCUGAGCGAGGGAGCGGGUUGUGCGGCCGCGCGCGCAUGGAGGCGGCGCCGGCAGCCGCCUGAGGGUCGCGGGAAGAGCGGAGCGGGCCACCUCGCGCAUCCCUCGAGCGGCCUCGCUCCCCGGGCACCCGGAGGCGGCGGGCCGUGGAGCCGGCGCGGCCAUGGCGACGGGCACGCAGCAGAAGGAGAACACGCUGCUUCACCUCUUCGCCGGCGGGUGUGGGGGCACGGUUGGUGCUAUUUUCACUUGUCCGCUGGAAGUCAUUAAGACACGGUUGCAGUCUUCCAGAUUAGCUCUUCGGACAGUCUAUUAUCCUCAGGUUCAUCUGGGGACCAUCAGUGGGGCUGGAAUGGUGAGACCAGCAUCGGUGACGCCUGGGCUCUUCCAGGUUCUGAAGUCGAUCUUGGAGAAGGAGGGACCAAAGUCACUUUUUAGAGGCUUGGGUCCAAAUUUGGUUGGAGUUGCGCCAUCAAGGGCUGUGUACUUUGCGUGUUACUCCAAAGCCAAAGAGCAGUUCAAUGGCAUUUUCGUGCCUAACAGUAAUACUGUGCAUAUUUUCUCAGCCGGCUCUGCAGCUUUUGUCACAAAUACCUUAAUGAAUCCUAUAUGGAUGGUUAAAACCCGGAUGCAGCUGGAACGGAAAGUGAGAGGCUCCAAGCAGAUGAACACACUCCAGUGUGCUCGCUACGUUUACCAGACGGAAGGCAUUCGUGGCUUCUACAGGGGAUUAACCGCCUCGUAUGCCGGGAUUUCAGAAACUAUCAUCUGUUUUGCUAUUUAUGAAAGUUUAAAGAAGUAUCUGAAAGAAGCUCCAUUGGCCUCUUCUACAAAUGGGACUGAGAAAACUUCCACGAGUUUUUUUGGACUUAUGGCAGCCGCUGCUAUUUCUAAAGGAUGUGCUUCCUGCAUUGCUUAUCCACACGAAGUCAUAAGGACACGGCUCCGGGAGGAAGGCACCAAGUACAAGUCUUUCAUCCAGACCGCUCGGCUGGUCUUCCGGGAAGAAGGUUACCUUGCCUUUUACAGGGGACUCUUUGCCCAGCUCAUCCGGCAGAUACCGAAUACUGCCAUCGUGUUGUCUACCUAUGAGUUAAUUGUGUACCUGUUAGAAGACCGUACUCAGUAAGAGGCCAGAAAAUUGUGCUCUAGAAUAAAAUUGAAAAACUCUAGAGAAUUUUUUUUUCCGUUGAUGUUCAGAACGUUUGGGACGGAAACAGGAAAGGCCAUAAGAUAUGUGGCUCCUAUCACCUGUCGGACAUUUCCUUUUGGAUUCAUGUUUUCUGGAAGGUUUAAAUUCAUUAACGUUAAUAGUUAAUUAUAACUUUGGUGGGUUUUUUUUUUUUUUUUUUUUUUUUUAACUUAAAAGGAUUCAGGAUUGAGCAGCAGCUAAAUUAAAUCAUGCUAUUUAAUUUCAGUAUAAAUUUGGUUUGUGUCCUUUUUUAUGUUCACUGUGCUAUAAACUAUGGCUAAGGAAUUUAGUGAAAUGUAACCCUAGAAAUGCAGAGAAAACCUGUAAAAUCAGAAUCCAACUUGUUUCGUAAUCUGAAGCCACACUGCUGAACGGUAAGAUGUGUCACAUUUUGGUGGCACUGGGUGGACCAGGACAGACUUCCCAGCCAUUUUUCUUUUCUAUACAUUUCCAAGUCUCGUGCAGAUUGAUAAUUUAAGCUUUCAGGCUACUGAGUUAAAAAAGAAUAAAUUAAUUAAAACUUUCUGCCACCAAAUGUUUUAAACUGUGAACAUGUUUCUAAAGUUAUCCUUUAUCCCCAGUUUGAACCAAAGGCAAGAGUUUUAACGAACUAUGUACCAAUUGCCUUACUCCUGGACCUAUUUCCAGAAGUUAAGCCUGGUCAAGCCCAGGUACCUUGUUAAGUGUCGGCUGUGAAUGUGGAAUCUGGUGAGUAAUAGACCUUUCCUGUCAGGUCUUUAACCCUGUUCUUGGUUCCCUAGAAUUGGAGGGGAAGAACCUGACACAGGGUUGAGUGCCCACCCCUUGGAGAGUUCACUUUAUUCUGACAGGAGGUAUAUUUAAAUAUGUUUUUUUUUUUUUUUUAAAUUAAACACCUAGAAAUGACAAAUUACCAGAAUUUUAGCCACACUGAGUCACCACUCCCCCUUUCUUUUUUAACUUUAUUUAGUUUCGAGAGAGAGAGAGUACACACGAGUAGGGGAGGGGCAGAGAGAGCAGCCAGAAUCCCAGACAGGCUCCAUGCCGCCAGCAUGAGCCUGAUGGGGCCCGAACCCAGGAACUGUGAGCUCAUGACCUGAGCCACGAUCAAGAGUUGAACACUUAACUGAGGCAUCACCCAGGCACCCCCACAACUCCCCGCUUUUAAAGGAAAUUUAAUAAGAGACAAAAAGCAAUACAGAAGGCAGGUAAGACCAAUGGUCUUUCAAGAGCUCUUUCCCUGGAACUUGCUUAUUUGUUCACGAAGGUUGGUUUUCAGUCUGAAUAUCCAGAAAGAUGCCGGAUUCCAAUGACUGACGCACAGUAGCUUCAGAUCCGGUUGUAGAUGCUCUGGUGGGGAUGAAAGGAUGUUUUCAAAUUGUGUUUAAACAAAAAUUUUUUUU